AAGAAGAAUUCUAUGUAACAUAAAAUUCAAUUAGGUUAGGUACCAUUUUUUAAAAUUAAACGGAAAAAAACGAUCGAACCUUCAAAACUCCAAAUCAACUAAAAGAUCAUGGACCCAGACGAAGUAGAAUUUUUAGGAGAAAAACAGUACAUAUCGAUUAUCCCAACAUUUAACAGUGGUGUCCUUCACUUGAUAUCUGGGGAUGUAGGCCCAUUUCGAGCCAGUUUACCUGUAAGGGUGCCUCUUUGGAUGGCCAUAGACUUGAAACGUCAACAAAAAUGUAAAAUUCAACCUUUAGACUGGAUGGAUGUGGAUCAUUUGGAAAACAUCAAGGAAAAUGAAAAAACCUCCAAACUUUUUACAAAAAUGCCUAGUGAGCACUAUAUGAUUGAAGCAAAAUUAUUAUUAGGCUGUGCCUCAGAUGAUGUACCAAGGGCAGACGAAAUCAGAACUAUUAUAAAAGAUAUUUGGGAUAUAAGAAUGUCCAAAAUAAGAUCAUCAGUGAAUAAGCUGAUAAAAGAUGCAGAGUCCUAUGCUGAUGUUACAAAUUUAACCAUUUUAGAAAUCAAUUCAAUCAAGCCAAUAUUUCCACAUGUUUUAGACCAAAUUCAUCGAAUAAAAGCGACUCGCAAACCUCCAGGAACUCAGAGUCAGAAUACUACAAUUUUGUCAACGUCAGCACCCUCAACGUCAUUCCCCAUUUCAAAAUAAUCUUAAAUGAACUUUCAAUAAAUUAUCUUCCUUUCAAUAAUAA